CACACCUCAAGUAAUUGCAGGCUAAUUCUUUUCAAUUUAUCUCUUUUUUAUUUUAAUUCUCCUUUAUACUUUACAUUUACAACAACAAGGAAAAUAUUCAAGAUUUUUCAGGUUAAUCAGAGUACUAGCAAUCAGAAUCUACUGAUUCCAACAUCUUAGCCUGAAAUUGAGACCCUAAAUUUGAUUUCUUGAUGACCUGGAAACAACAAAAAUAUUAUAAAAUGAGCAAAAGCAAAAGUAUAGGAUCUCCAUCCAGGUAAAAGUUUAUAUACUAGUUAACAAUCAUUCUCAGUCAUGUUCUCACUUUUUUUCUUCUUUCAGGAAACUAAUGCAUGCUUCAUCAUCAGAUGUUCAGUUCAACAUUUAUGGAGUGCCAUUCUCUUUGAAUAGGGUAAGAAUUACGAUAAUCUUCCAACACUGAAAUGAUCUUCUAGCGUAACCGUGUGUGAUUCUUGUGUCGUGUAAGACACCAAGGGAUAUAUAGGGAUGUUUGGUAGCCUUCUGCCCUUAAUCAGAGGUCUCGAGUUUGAGUCUCAGUGCUUGGUAGGAAAUAGACUCUUAAUAAUAUGUGAUUAAUAUGUGAUUAAUUUUCAACUUUCCUAAGGUGCUGAUUUGUGUUGAACUUACAGGAACUUUUGGCUGCAAGAUCUUCAAAGAUAGCUGCAUUGCUGAAAGAGAAUCCUGAAGAUGAUCUUUCUCAUUUGCUAGGAGAUAUUCCUACUGAUUCUGAAACUUUUGAGCUUGUAGCAAGGUUCUGUCAUGGCUUUGACAUAAACUUGUCACCUGAGAAUGUCAUUAAAGUACUUUGUCUUGCUCACUAUCUUGGAAUGUCCGAGAUUGAUAACACCAACAACCUCGUAAAGAAGGCUUGUUUCUACUUUCAAAACAAUAUCCUUCCUAGCUGGAACAAGAGUAUUAAAGCUCUCAAAUCUGCAGAAACCGUUCUUCAACAAGCCGCGGAUCUUGCCCUGGUUGAUGCUUGUGCAGAGUCUAUCAUCGCCAAAGUACAGCAUGAUCCAAGUCUUCUUGGAGAGCCGAUGAGGAAUGUAACAACAACAGAUGAUGAUAGUGAGAACGGUGAAAAUGCCUACAAGCCAAAUGUCAGGAGGAGGCUUUUUGUACUUGACUGGAAAUCAGAGGACUUGACACUACUUUCCAUUGCUCUCUACGAGCCCAUAAUUCGUGCAAUGGUUCAUCGAAAAGUCCCUCUGGAAUAUGUAGCAUCUUCUUUGUUUCACUAUCUCAACAAAUGGGUUUUCUCGGACACUAAAGGAGAAGCUGAUGAUCCAUCAACUUACGAAAGGAAUUCUCGGAAAGAGAUCAUUGAGGCAGUGGAGAGACUGUUGCCUCAAGAAAGGGGGCUGAUCCCCAGUUCUUUGCUCUCUCAAAUGCUGCAAUCCGCACUAAUCUUGGAUGCUCAUAGUGAAUGCAAAACCGGGUUGGAGAUUAGAAUAGGAAAGCAACUAGACCAGGCGACUGUCAAGGACCUCUUAAUACCUGCACAAGGAUAUGCAAAAGAAGAGCAGUAUGACACUGAAAGUGUGAAAAGAAUAUUGAAGAAUUUCUACAGCAAUUACGCAAGCACGGAUAUAUCUGGCCUAGUCGUGGUAGCAGAACUUGUCGAUGACUUCUUGGCUGAGGUUUCUAGUGACAUAGAUUUGAAGUUGAACACAUUUUUAUCACUAGCAGAGUUAUCACAAGCAGCAACAGGAGGAACUAAUAGAAAUUCUGAUGGUAUGUAUAGAGCAAUUGAUAUAUACUUAGACAAGCACAGAUAUCUCACAGAUUGGGAAAGGGAGGAAGUUUGUAGGGUGUUGGAUUGCAGCAAAAUGUCUCCUGAAGCCUGUGAGCAUGCUGCACAGAACGAAAAACUACCAGUUCGAGUGAUGGUGCAGAUUCUGUUUUCUGUGCAGCUGAAGUUGAAGGAUACUGUGUCCAAGAGGACAAAGGGGAGUCUUGAUAACCGAUUGUUGAAGCAAGAAGAAGACGACGAAGAUGCAAGGGAGAUUAGCCAUAGUGAAGAGGAAAUGAUGAAAGCAGAGAUGGAAAAGAUGGGAAGCAAGGUGAUUGAGCUGGAGAAAGAAUGUGAUAUGAUGAGAAGGGAAAUUCAAAGAGGUAGUUACCAGCACAAGAUUCAAAAGGGGAAAACAAGCGUGUGGAAAGAAAUGAAGAGGAAGCUUGGUUGUAUGACAAGCUUGCAUGAGACAAAUUGCCAUGUGAAGAAGAAAAAAGUUCAUCCAAGAUAGAAGAUAUCUUAUGCUCUUUUAUUCAACAUAGAAGUUUGUGCACCUUCCAUUUCUAUGCAUAUUUUCUUUCUCAAAAUAACAUGAGGUUGGUAGGACUAUUAUUUCGUAGCUUCUCUAAAAAAAACAAAUCCAGACCUAUAUGGGCCUUAAUGUUCU